AUGACAGAAUCUCAAGAUAUUAUCAUUAAAGAACUACAGAAGUACACAACCUGCGACGUCUCAGAUGCCUUAUGCAAGCUCAAAUAUCGUAAUGGCGGGUUUUUAUCCGGCUUGACCAUGUGGUCCCCUCAACGCCAGGAUGGUCCUACCAGGAUAGUAGGCCCGGCCUACACUGUUAAGUACGUGCCGUUAGAUGAUCCAUCGCCUAAACAUCCAACCCACUAUAUUGAUACAGUACCUAAGGGUGCUGUAGUCUUUGUUUCUUGCCCUCCCAAAACUCCUAAUGCCGUGUAUGGAGGCUUAAUGUCGACUCGCGCUCGAUUUAGGGGCGCCGUCGGGUCUAUCAUCGACGGACGUUUUCGUGACUUGCAAGAGCAGCGUGAAUUAGACUAUCCGAUCUUUGCUCGUGGGACGGGGACGGCACCUCCAGCUGAACUACUCAAGGUAGCUGCUGUCAACGUGCCCGUGAAACUGCAAACAGACGAGCAAGACAUGGAUAUUCGACCGGGAGACUACCUAAUUGCGGACCUGAACGGCGUCAUCGUCUUGCCUGUUGAGUUGGCGGAGCAAGCCUUACCACUGAUGCAGAAGCAAGUUGACGCGGAUGAUAAGAUGGCAGAGGCGAUCAAGAAAGGGAUGAGCUUUGCCGAGGCUAGUAAGAAAUUCAGAUAA